AUGCUGAACAAUACAAAGCGCGUCAAAAUCGUCCCAUUGCUUUUAAAUAAUCGCUUUCUGAGACUUCAGUACAGACAGUAUAUGAAUAGACGAUAUCACCUGACAUUGAAGCACUGAUAAACCCAAUGGCAAGGCUAGUUUUCCGCUCAGAAUUCUUGAACAGAUGUGUAAUUCUGUUACUGUUUGUCAGUGUGAAGGCUUCAUCAGGUAGUUCUCUGGAGAAGACUAGUGCCUUCUUCAUCUUUGGAGACUCCACUGUAGAUACUGGAAACAACAAUUACAUUAAAACCACCCCUGAAAACCAAGCAAAUUUCAAGCCCUAUGGCCAGAACGGCUUCUUUGGUGGACCAACGGGUCGCUUCUCUGACGGUCGCGUGAUUGUUGAUUUUAUCGCGAGUUACGCAAAUUUGCCAUUGAUUCCUCCGUUUUUAGAGCCCUCCUCUGAUUAUAUCAAUGGUGUUAACUUUGCUUCUGGUGGAGCCGGUGUACUUCCUGAAACCCAUCAGGGUUUGGUGAUUGAUCUUCCUACACAAUUGAAGUAUUUUGAGAAGGUGAAGAAGACCUUAACUGAAAACCGUGGAGAAGCAGAAGCAAAGGUACUUAUAUCAGAAGCUGUUUAUUUCAUCAGUAUUGGAAGCAAUGAUUAUAUGGGUGGCUAUCUGGAUAACCCCAAAAUGCAACAAGAUUAUCAACCGGAAGAUUAUCUUUCCAUGGUCAUAGGCAACUUAACAGAAGCAAUCCAAGUGUUGUAUCAAAAAGGAGGUAGAAAAUUUGGGUUUCUGGGCUUAUCUCCAUUAGGGUGCUUGCCAGCCUUGAGAGCUUUGAACCUCAAUAAAGAAAGUGAAGGUGGUUGCUUUGAAGCAGCUUCUGCUUUAGCAGAAGCACAUAACAAUGCUUUAAAAGGAAUCCUCACAACCCUAGAAUAUAUUUUUAAAGACUUCAAAUAUUCCAACGCCAACUUCUACAACUGGCUUGAAGACAGAAUGAACAACCCUGGCAACUAUGGUUUUAAGGAGGGAGUAAAUGCUUGUUGCGGAUAUGGGCCAUACAGGGGAAUGUUCACCUGUGGCGGCAACAAGAAUAUGAGUGAGUAUUAUUUAUGUGACAGUCCUGAUGAUCAUGUUUGGUGGGACUCUUUCCACCCAACAGAGAGAAUCCACGAGCAGUUAGCAAAGGCUCUCUGGGAUGGACCCUCUUCUUCUAUAGGGCCAUUCAAUCUUCGGGAUCUCUUCAUCACCACCACCAUUGCUGAUGCUGUUGAUUCUCCUCAACCUCGCUCAUACCAUUCUCAGUUUUAAUGGUAUAUUGCUUUUACUGUUUAUUUGACGAAGGCACCUAAA